AUGAAGUGCUUCAAGUCAUGUCUGGAAGGGGUGGCCUUCCUGCUCAGAGCAAACACAGUGGCCAAGAAGCUGAGGGCCAUGCCUCGGUGCUCCCCACCCCAGUCCCCAGCCUCUCCUGGUACCUGUCAGCUUCUCAGCAAUGGGCUUGAACUCCUCCGGGCUGAUGUACAAAUCCCGGUCUCCCGCCUGGCCCUGUCCGGCCUCCGCAACUGGACGACUGCGGCCUUGCCGAGCGCGGUGUUUGCUGCCCGACACUUCCGGCCUUUCCUUCCUCCUCGGGGCCAAGUGGAGCUGGGGGAGCCGUGGUGGAUCAUCCCCAGUGAGCUGAGCGUCUUCACCGGCUACUUAUCCAACAACCGCUUCUACCCACCACCGCCCAAGGGCAAAGAGGUCAUCAUCCACCGGCUCCUGAGCAUGUUCCACCCUCGGCCCUUCGUGAAAACCCGCUUUGCCCCUCAGGGGGCUGUCGCCUGCCUGACCGCCAUCAGCGACUUCUACUACACCGUCAUGUUCCGGAUCCAUGCCGAGUUCCAGCUCAGCGAGCCACCUGACUUCCCUUUCUGGUUCUCGCCGGGCCAGUUCACUGGCCACAUCAUCCUCUCCAAAGAUGCCACCCAUGUCCGAGACUUCCGGCUCUUCGUGCCCAACCACAGGUCUCUGAAUGUGGACAUGGAGUGGCUGUAUGGGGCCAGUGAGAACAGCAAUAUGGAGGUGGACAUUGGCUAUAUCCCCCAGAUGGAACUGGAGGCCGUGGGCCCAUCGGUGCCUUCUGUGAUCCUGGAUGAGGAUGGCAACAUGAUCGACAGCCGCCCACCCUCAGGGGAGCCCCUCCAGUUUGUCUUUGAGGAGAUCAAGUGGCAGCAGGAGCUGAGCUGGGAGGAGGCUGCCCGGCGCCUAGAAGUGGCCAUGUACCCCUUCAAGAAGGUCGCCUAUCUGCCAUUCACCGAGGCCUUCGACCAAGCCAAGGCCAAGAACAAGCUGGUGCACUCAAUUCUGCUGUGGGGGGCCCUGGAUGACCAGUCCUGCUGAGGUUCAGGGCGGACUCUCCGGGAGACUGUCCUGGAAAGUUCGCCCAUCCUCGCCCUCCUUAAUGAGAGCUUCGUCAGCACUUGGUCCCUGGUGAGGGAGUUGGAAGACAUGCAGAACAACCAGGAGAACCCGUCCCACAAGAAGCUCGCAGACUUGCACCUGGAGAAGUAUAGCUUCCCCGUGGAGAUGAUGAUCUGCCUGCCCAAUGGCACCGUGGUCCACCACAUCAAUGCCAACUACUUCUUGGACAUCACCUCCAUGAAGCCUGAGGAUAUUGAGAACAACGUCUUCAGCUUCUCGUCCACCUUUGAAGACCCGUCCACGGCCACCUACAUGCAGUUCCUGAAGGAAGGCCUUCGGCGCGGCCUGCCCCUCCUCCAGCCCUAG